AUGCCAGUGCCGGAGGAUUUGUCUGCAACAUCGACCUCGGAACACCCAGUGCGCAUUUCUCUACCGCUUUCAUACCAACAAGAAUUGUUCAGUGAAUUGCGGGCAGAAGAUGCGUUGCUCAUCCAAGCGCGUGGACUGGGCCUCCUCCGCCUUGUCACUAACCUCCUGCACUCUUAUGAUGCGGCCGGCAACAACCUGAUUCUGCUAGUCGGCGCCGAUGAUCGCGAGAAUGGCUGGAUUGGCGAAGCUCUAGCGGAGCAGGCCGCCACGAGCGGCAGCCCCAAAUGCCGUGGUCUCAAGCUCGUGAACACCGACCUUAUGAGCGUCGGUACGAGAGAGAAACUGUACAGCAAUGGCGGCAUCUUCAGUAUAACAAGUCGUAUCUUGAUCGUUGACUUCUUGUCGGGGUUACUGGACGCGGCGAAAGUCACCGGUAUGGUCGUCUUGCACGCUGAGCGUGUGGCGGCGACGAGCCAGGAGGCUUUCAUUGUCCGGAUGUUCAGACAGAAGAACAAGAACGGCUUUCUCAAGGCGUUCUCAGACCAGCCUGAGCCGUUCACCGCAUCCUAUCAGCCCUUGACGGGCAUUCUGAGGAAUCUGUUUCUUCGUACCCCACUUCUCUACCCGCGAUUCCAUGUAACCGUCGCUAAGUCACUAGAAGGAAAGCGAAAAGCAGAGGUCAUUGAGCUGGAGGUGCCGAUGACUGAUGCAAUGCGCGAUAUCCAGAACGCGGUUUUAGAAUGUGUUGAGGUGUCGAUCAUGGAGCUCAAGAAGGGCAACACCGGCCUGGAGAUGGAUGAUUGGAACCUCGAUAGCGCACUUCACCGCUCGUUUGACACCAUCGUGCGACGACAGCUAGAUCCGGUAUGGCAUCGCACCAGCUUCCGCACGAAGCAGAUUGUCAGAGAUCUUAGCUUACUGCGGACAAUCUUACAUUCACUGCUGACAUUUGACGCUGUGAGCUUCAACAAGUACCUUGACACUGUGUUGGCAGCAUCCUCGCCGCCUCCUGGCUCGACAAGGCAGUCGCAGUCGCCGUGGCUCUUUCUGGACGCCGCCCAUACCUUAUUCGAUACUGCGAAACGGCGCGUGUACACUGGCAGAAUCGCAGAAGGGACAGCAACUACGGAGCAUGAUGGUCUCAAUCCUGUACUGGAGGAGCUGCCGAAGUGGAACCUGCUAGCUGAGAUCUUGGAAGAGAUCGAGCGCGAUGUCUACUUCAAUCCGCAACCACACGAUGAGAGUAACGGCAGCAUCUUGAUCAUGUGUGGCGAUCAAGGGACAUGCCGUCAGCUACGCGAGUUUGUACAGACAAUGUUCGUUGGUGACCUCCAUUCUCUCAACGGCAGUGCCGAGAAAGAGGACGCCUACGAAGACAGAAAGCCGAGCGGCAAUUACCUCAUGCGCCGCAGACUUCGCAACUAUCUACAAUGGAAGCGGGACUUUGCCCGCGUGAGCAGCAAUCUCUUCACCGAGAACCAGAAGGCAAUCAACGGCACCUCAACCCAUCCAAGCGGUCAAGCCAAUCGUGGCGGCCGCGGACCGCCGAAUAAGCGGCGCCGAGUCCGAGGUGGCGGUAAUGUUCCUUCAGCGCCGCAGCGCACAGCAAGCGGCAGUGUCCAUGUUGCAGGCGACAGGGAUGCACAUAUACAGGCACUUAUGCACGAAUUGGCUCCGAACGAGACCGAAGAUAACGUCGAUGCUGUAAAGGUCGAUUUCGGCGCUGAUCCAUUGGACGAUAUGGACGACUACUACGAACUUUACGAGAUGAGAGACCUUGUAUUGAUACAUCCGUACGAUGGCGACGUGGACGAUCACUUACUGGAGGAGGUCAAGCCUCGAUAUGUAAUCAUGUAUGAACCCGAUGCUGCAUUCAUCCGCCGCGUCGAAGUCUACCGCAGCAGCCAUGGCAAUAGGCAGGUACGAUGCUACUUCAUGUAUUAUGGCAGCAGUGUGGAGGAGCAGCGUUAUCUGAGUGCCGUUCGGCGAGAGAAAGACUCAUUCACGAAGCUGAUCCGUGAGCGAGGCAACAUGGCUUUGACGUUCACGCACGAUACCGCAAAUCUCGACCCGCAAGAAUCCUUCCUCCGAACCGUCAACACUCGUAUCGCAGGGGGAGGUCGCCUGGCCGCCACCGCAGAGCCGCCACGGGUUGUAGUAGACGUCCGUGAAUUCCGCUCCUCACUGCCUUCCCUGCUACAUGGCCGCCAAAUGGUUGUCGUGCCUUGCCAACUGACCGUCGGCGACUAUAUUCUUACCCCGGAGAUCGCAGUCGAGCGCAAGAGCGUCCGAGAUCUCAUUUCCUCCUUCUCCGACGGCCGCUUAUACAACCAGGCAGAGACGAUGCUGCAGCACUACAAGUCGCCUAUGCUGCUCAUCGAGUUCGAUGCACAAAAGGCCUUCACGCUAGAACCCUUCGCAGACCUAAGCUCCGCCAUCGGCACCUCUUCACUCGUCGGCUCGGACCUCCAAUCCAAGCUCGUCCUCCUAUGUCUUGCCUUCCCACGCCUCCGUAUCAUCUGGUCCUCUUCACCAUACCAGACAGCGGAGAUCUUCGAAGAGCUCAAAAAGAACCAAGAAGAACCGGACCCUAUUAAGGCGGUGCAGAUCGGUCUCGAAAGUGGUGAUGACCCGGAAGGCCGCACUUUCAAUCAGACACCGCAGGAUAUGCUGCGAACUGUUCCUGGUACGGGUGGGAAAGCGCUUGGUAGGCUGGUGCUGGAGUACGAGAAUUUGCAGGCGGUGGCGAAUGCGGAGAUGGAUGAGUUGAGUGCAUUGAUCGGACGGGAGAAUGCGAGACAGAUUAUUGGGUUCUUUGGAAGGUCUGUGUGGGAUGAGGGAGAGGAGGCGGCAGGUGAUGGGUGA